AUGAAGAUUUUUACAGUUUUGUUCGCGUUCGGAGUGAUUUCCAGUUGUACGGGAAUAUUUUUUAGUAAGCCAAAGCCCGUGGUUUAUAUUGAUCAUGGACCGCCUGUGAUUUGGGGACCUCCGCCUCCAAUUUAUCAUCAUCCUCCGCCAAUUUAUCACGCUCCGCCGCCCGUUUAUUAUCAUCAUCCGCCGCCGCCGCCGCCCGUGAUUUAUCAUCAUCCUCCGCCAGCUCCUGUUUAUUGGGCACCUCCAAAGCCGAAAAUUGUUUAUGUGCCUCCUCCUCCGCCUCCUCCUCCUCCGCCAGCGCCGACUUACGUGUUGAAAGUUCCUGCUCCUCCUCCACCUCCUCCUCCUCCAGCGCCAAUUGUUUAUUUGAAGCAAGAUCCUCCUCCACCUCCUCCUCCAGCUCCUGCUCCAAUUAUUAUCAAACAAAAGCCUCAUCCACCGCCUCCUCCAGCUCCUGCUCCUAUUGUUGUCGUUAAGCAAGAUAAUCCUCCUCCUCCCCCGCCUCCUGCUCCGCCAAAAAUCGUUUUUGUUAGCCAAGAACAAGCUCCUUUACCUCCUCCAGAGCCCGAAGCUUGGCCUCAAGGAUUCACGGUUAAAGUAAAGGAAGAAAAUCCCGGAGGUUGGCAACCAGAACCAAAUCCCGGCGGUUGGCAAUAA